GGAGUACUGAGCCGAGAGGAAUCUGUCAGAUGCAAACAAACCGCUCUCUUACUGUCUGUGCGUUGAAGAGAACAAGGGAUGGGAGGAGAGACCUGAGGGAAAGAUAGAAAGAGACAACAGAGGAGCACAAAGUGAGGCCUAUCCACCCAUGGAUCGGCAUUCCAUGGACACAACCAACCGGCCUGACAUCCCUGCCAAGUGUGGCCGAUCUGUGCUGCAUGAGGCAUUAGGUCAAAAAAAGCACUGAGGCUGGAGGGUUAAAGGAGAGUCAACUGGGGCAUUAAAAGAACACGCCAGGCUCGUGAGAAAGAGGAGUGAACAGACGAGCAUCAGCGUGGUGGCCAAGAUGAUGACAUCACACGGGAAACUGAGGAGGGAGAAGGGAAGUCUGGCCGAGUAUGAAGCACAGAUGAAAGACUUGCGGGCUCAACUGACUGACCAGAUUAAGAUUUUGGACUCCCAGAUAGAGGUAAAACAGCAGCAACUCUCAGAUCUCUCUGAGUUCCUCCGCAGACGGGGCGAUAUAGAGGCCGAAUAUGCCCGUGCCCUUGAUAAACUUACUGAGAGGUUCACGCACAAGACUAAGAAGAAGGAGCAGUGGGGCCAGUCAGUGUGUCAAGUCUGGUCCGUUUUGUUGACUCAGACCCGUUUGGAAAGCCGGGAGCACUCAACGUUGGGUGACACCUGCUGCAACGCACUCACGCAGCGGUUAGCGCACAGUACAGAGGACACACACCGGCUACAUAAACGGAGCAAAGAGGUUGGAAUCCAAAUGCAGGAUGAAUUGCUUAAAGUCACCACUGAGCUUCAGACGGCCUUGAAGACAUACAACCAGUACCACACUGAUUGCCUGAUAGCUGAAGGAAAACUGAAGGAGGCUGAGCGAUUAGAAGAGAGACACACUGGCAAGUCAGCUGAUCUCGGCCUCGGCCAAUCAGGAGGGCAAAGGCGGAGCUCCGUUAAAAAGAUGGAGAGAUUAAUGGAGAAGAGGCAUGGCCGAGUGCAAGAGACCCAGCUCAAGUGUACUAAGGCCCGAAAUGACUACCUUCUUAAUCUUGCUGCAACCAAUGCAGCCAUGAACAAGUACUACCUGCAGGAUGUCAGCACUCUCAUUGACUGUUGCGACUUGGGUUUCCAUCCAUCUGUGGAGAGGGUAAUGAAGUGCUACCUGGCGAGUAGGUGGCGCAUCCAAAAGACAGAGGAGGCAGGGCUAAAGCAGUUGGAGGCCGCUGUCACAUCGCUGGACCAGGGCGGAGACAGAGAUGCACUGCUCCAGCAGCAUGACUCAGCCUUCUGCCUCCCCUUUAGGUUUAACUACCACCCGCAUGAGGGCGACCAGGUGUGUGAGGUGAGUGCAGAGAGUCAGGUGAGGUACGAGAUGGAGACCAGAUAUCAACAGCUUCAGUCUCGACUUGCCGCUGUCACAUUGGAAACAGAGGAAGUUAGUAAAACUCUCAAAGCGACAUUCACAGCACUGCUGGACUCAAUGUGUGACAGUGACUGCAACCCCACCCCUGAUGUGCCCGGCAACGUAUUACAUGAGCCACCCGGAACAGGGUCGGUCCCAAAACUAACCCUUGCUAAGCGUCGGGCCAAUCAACAGGAGACAGAGACCUACUAUUUUACAAAAGUGAAGGAGUUUCUCACCAGUAGUUCUCUGACUUUCAAACUUCAAGCCAAGCAUGAUCUACUACAAGAUGCCAUACAGAAAGCCGAGGCCGUCAACACAGACCCCUCCAGAGCUCAGUGUGCUCACUCUGUGCGAGUCCGGAAGUCCAGACCUAUUUCCCAAUUUUGCCACACACUCUUCAGCACAGAUAUACUGUCUUACAUACAGAGCUCCGGCCAGCAGAUCCCUGUGGUGGUUGAAAGCUGCAUCCGCUUCAUAAACCUUCACGGUCUCCACCAUGAAGGAAUAUUCCGAGUUCCUGGAUCACAAAGAGAAGUUAAUAUGAUCAAGGAUGCAUUUGAGAGAGGAGAAGACCCUCUGUCAGAUGGUGAGUGUGACCUGGACUCUGUGGCUGGGGUAUUGAAGCUUUACUUCAGGGGCCUCGAGCCGCCCCUCUUCCCCUAUGACAGCUACUUGCAGCUGCUGGAGAGUGUCCAAAUUGAAGAUACCACAGAAAAAGCAGCACAGAUCAGAGCAUUUGUCUCUGCCUUUCCACGACCUCUCCUCAUCGUAAUGCGGUACCUGUUCGCAUUCCUCAACCACGUGACUCAGUACAGUGACGAGAACAUGAUGCAGCCUUACAACCUGGCCGUCUGCUUUGGCCCAAGUUUGCUGAGGGGGGUUGAUUCGGAUGAUGCCGUUGCUCGGCAGCCACAGGUCAAUGACCUUGUCAAAACCAUGAUAGUCCAGCAUGAUGUCAUAUUCCCCGGCCAAUCGGAGUUGCCAGGCCCUAUCUAUGAGAAGCACAUGACUCUUGAGCAGGACUAUUGUGAACCAAUCACAGAGGAAGGAGAUGGAGAGGCUGAACCUCUGCCCAGUGAGGACGAUUGGGAAGCUGUGGCAAUGUUUGACUACGCAGCAAGAUCACCGGCAGAGCUGUCCUUCAAGCAGGGAGAGCUUCUUAUUCUUCACAGCAAGGCCUCUUCUGACUGGUGGAGGGGUGAAGUAGGAGGGGUCAAAGGUUUGAUCCCACACAAGUACAUCAGCAUCCUGGAAGGGUCAGAGAGAGGAAAAAGAGAUGAAGGAGGAGGAGGUGUUGGAGGAGGAGGAGGUGGCGGUAGCACGGGAAAUCUGUCAACAGAUGAUCCUCAUACAGAGAACACUGUUCGGAUGCGGGUGAACAGCGAUGGUGCUUCGUUGCCUGGGCGACAGAGAGGGAGCGAUGGAAGCCCGGGUCGAAAGCUUCCAACCUGCCCGGCCGCACGGCAGCUGCCAGUGUCUCAGGAGCGAAGACACACGCUGGACACUGUGAGACAGGCAGGGUUCAAACCUGUGGACAGACCCGCAUUUGUUCCGGCAGACAGGACGACGGCCGACAAGGAGAUGAUCAGUCGCCAGAUGAACUCUGUGUUCAAGGAGCUCCUGUCUCGACAGCCACCCAUGCACCCGCCAACCCUCACAGUCACAGCCACCCCCGCGCCCCCUUCAUCUGCCUCCACCUCCUCCUCUUCCUCCGCCAUCCCCCAAGCUGCCCCCACUUCCAAAAAAGUGGGCUUUGGUAUCCGAGGACGGGCCCUUUUCCGGCCUGUGGACUGACAUUCCCUAAAAAUGCAUGGAUGACUGACUGAAAGGCAAGAUUUCAAGAUUGGGGAUGAAUAUACUGUCAUGCAUUCUGGGAAAAUCUUGAUUUAUUUUUAGUAUCUAUGUAUAUAUUUAAGUCUGUGCCAUCUCAUAGUGCCACAUGGUGCUGUAUUGCAGUAUGUCUUGUGUGUUUUUUCAACUGUUUUUGGUCUUCUUUUUUUACCCCCAAAUGUGCAGGACUGGUUUUGGUCUCCUUUUUUUUUGAGAAUCAGGGAUGUGUUAUGUCUGGUGUGAAGGAAUAUUCGGGCCACACUAAAAAAUAUCGAUAUUCUUUGCAAAAUUCAAGCUUGAAAGGUUAUCAGAAAAAAAGUAAUUGCAGGAGUAAAAUCAGGAUUUUUUUUUUACAAGAAAUCUAAAAAAGCUUGCUUUAAUUUGUAAUAUUUUAUUCAUACAAUUUUUUUAAAACUCUUGUUCAUACAAUGAAAUGAGCCCAACUUUAAUCUUGUUAAAAUGUUACUUUUUCUCAUAGAGACACUUUCAGUUUGUUUUUGUAUAAUAUUUAUGAAUCUAUACUCUCAAAAUAUUCCCUCUCUCGUCUCGCCCCUUUAACCUUGUAAUUUUAUGAGUUUAUUCUCUUAGCAUGAUUUUUUUUCUCCCUCAAAGUAAGGCCCUUAUACUCCGUCAUAGUUAUUAUUGUAUUUGUGAUAUGAUAACAACUCGUUUGACAUGCUUUAAGUCAGCAAAAGGCUGCCUCCUAGUGACAGAUUUUGAAAGAUCAAAUUCUGACCAGUUUAGAAGGGGAAAAGGAAAACUGUCAAGCCUUUGUGUUGUUUUGACCUCUUUGCUUUUCUUUUCAUUUCAAGUCUUUUUGCAGUAUGUGACCUGAAAAGAUGUGUUGCAUUGACAUUGCUGUUUACAGUUGUGUCAAUUCAUGAAAUAGCAUGCAGUAAUUUGUUCAAACUCAUGUUGGGGUGGAAAAAAAAAAACAUUCCCUUUUCAUAUGUGAUACAUGGCCGACAAGGCAAAACUCAGGGCUUUGCAGAGUUGGGCUGACUCAGGUUUGCCUUUGAAAGAGUUUAAAGUGGCUUUUCGUGGCUUCUUUCAAGUUGUGCAUGAGCCAAAACUGCCCUUACGUCAGGGGAGAACUCAUGUGACUUCUUCUGGCUUUAACUGUGAAUAUGACAACAAAGUUUGAGAAUCUCACUCUUAACGACACUCACACGCGCUGAUAAAUUUAUUCACAAAAGAUCAAGAGGUGUAUGAUGUUGCCUACUUUGAUUCCAAACACUUGAGAUGGUUUGACAUGUAUCACGUCUCUUCUGUUACGUUUUAGUAGAAACAUAGAUGUAAUAGUUUCCUUGUUUUACAAAAUUGAAGCACUUUUGAUUCAAAACCACUUUGAUUGAAGGUGUAAAAUUAACGUACCGUAUUUGUGUGUGGAAAGAGUCUAUGGUGACAAUAAAAGA